GAAACUGUUAAAGUCCGCACCGCCACUGGUGUCGAAGGCUUCAUCAGUGAAUUGAAUUAUGAGUAUUGGUGUAAAAAUUCCACACGUCGCAUUUUCCAGAAUGCCAUCAAGAUAAAAAGUUGUCAAACAUUUCUUGAUUCCGGUGACUCUGGUACUCUUGUUUGGUUUUUGGAUGAAAAAAAAAUUGGCAACCGUUUGCGUAUGGAAUUUGCAAAAUAUGUGAUGAUGGUGACAGCGGUUCAGAAAAAAGUUACAUCUGCCUGAAUUUGAACCACGGCUUAAAAGCUCUUGGUCUUCAGAAUGGUCAAUUUUUUAUACUUCGAUACAAUGGUCGUAGUGUAUCCAACAGUGCUAAAAGCGGCGAUGGUGAAGGAGGUGCAGCUAACAAAAUUAAUAUUUCAAAAGUGACAUUGAAAUGUCGACGCUUUAAACGUCGACGAGGUAUUUUGAAUCAUUACAUUUUUGAUGUUCAGGUGAAUAUUUUACAUCCUAAAACUUAGUCUCAUUGUAGAAUUUUAUGCAUUACUAUUACAUUGUAAUUAAUAAGUGUUUGAUUUUUUAAAAACCAGAUUCGAUUUCCCGUGUUCAUCAACAGCCACCGUCAGAAAAAAUAAAAAACAAGGAAUUCUCGUUAAAAGUUAAUGAAAAGAAUCCAGUCACAUCAACUGGUGCUCGGUUGACAUCGGAAAUUACAGAUGACCUGAAGAUCCGAGCUGUGUUUAAAACAGCAAAAUCUGUAUCCUCACCUGACAAGGAUAAUUUCAGUCGCAUCUCUUUAAAACGGUCUUUACAAUACGUUGAAGGUGACAGCGUCGGCAAAGGCUAUACCGAUGAAAAAGAAUUGUCGUCUGCAAUACCUCACAAAAAAAAAUUGCAAAAUGGUGGAAUUAUCUUCAAGAAAUUUUCAGAUGAAGCUCCCAGUCCCAACACGAGUGAUUUUAAAAAUACGUUUCUAACCAAAGGUUGCAAAAUUAAAGAUUGGGUGCAUGAAAAAUUGAAAAGUUUUUCUUGGCUUUGUGGCAAAUAUGGCAUAGCCCAUCCGAACAAAGAGAUGCCUUAUCUUCAUUUGUAUCUCGAAGUGGACAAGAAAAUGAGAGGGAUUGAUUUAAAACCAGGAAUCAAUAAGAUAUUUGAUGGCAAUGCUUCAGAAUACAUUGAAUUACGUUUAGUCGACCCAUCAGACGAAAUAAUAAUUCGACCACUAUCCAACAUGGUUCACUCAAAGCGCGAUGAUGAGCCUAAUGAGGAAUCUUGUGGCACUUUGACUCUGUUCAGCUGUAAAGAUGGCAAACAUUACGCGUUGACUUGUCUUCAUGUUGGUUAUGGAAAAAUUCUGGAAGGUGCAGAUCAAAUCUUUUACAUUCGAGACAAAAUUGAAAAUGAUAAAUUGGCAUUUGAGAAAUUUCAACUAAAAAACAAGUACUCUUAUACUCAUGAAAACAGCAUAAAAAUACCUCUUGGCGAGCUAUUUGAUUACUCAUUUGAUCUUGAAACCGACAUCAUGGCAAUCUUAAUUGAUGACAAAGAAAAUGAAUUUACUGCGGCUGAAAUAGAGAUGCCGAGCUCCUUCGAUGCUGUGUUUGAUAAUUUGUUAUCAAAGGAAAAUGAAAAAGUUUAUAAAGUUGGCGACGAUUUUGGCUUGAACGUCAUUGCUGACCUUAGUCAUAGCGUUUUUGACAACAACAAGAAAUUAGUGUUUCGUGACGUAGUGGCAGUAAAGAGUGAUAACGAAUUCCUCCGGCGUGGAGAUUCUGGUUGCCUAGUGUAUUAUUAUGAUGAGAACGACAAAAAGAUACCAUUUGCGUAUGGAGUUGCUGCAGUGACCAAGAAAAACGAGACGUAUUAUGUUUGCAUGAGAUUAAAAGAUGGUUUAGAAAAGUUGGGACUUCUCGAAAAUGUCUCCUUCAAAGAUUUUUCACGUGCUUCGAAAAAAAGGGAACCUUCUGUAUGCCAAUCGAAUGAUAAUGACAGUUUCGAAGACAGCGAUGCAAUGCCUUCAUCAGGGAUUAAUGAUGAAAAGAGUGUGGAAGAAGGAUACAUUAGUGAAGACGGAAAACAACGUUUGGAAGUUCAAGAAUUGUUGCGUCAACCAUGGAAAUGUUUUGAUAAAUCAAUAAUACAUCAGAAAAAGUUUAAAAAGAUGGAGGAAUAUGGACGCAAACAUCCAGAAGAAGUUAGACUGCUCGGUGAAUUGCGUGUAAUUUUCAAGGAGGAGUUUUUGAUUGGCAAAGGAAGUGAUGGAGCCCGUGUUUACCUUGCCCUGGGAAAUAAUGGUUAUGGAAAAGCAGUAAAGCGAAUACACAAAGAUAGCGGCAAAGACUUCGCAAAUCGAGAAAAAGAAAUUUUUAAUGAGUUGAAUGCAAAGCGCUCAAAUUAUGCAGUGAAUUUUUUCCAUUUAGAAGAGAACCUUGACGAAGAGUAUUUGUACAUGAUAUUAGAUUUGUGUGAAGAAUCGUUAGAGAGUUAUGUGAAAUCUUCUUCUUUGCAAGAUCUUCAAAAAGUCGUUCCUAAAGUUCUUAUUCAGAUCUUAAAUGGUCUAGUUCACCUUCACAGCGGUGAGCGUCCUAUUCUUCAUCGGGAUUUAAGACCCUCGAACGUUCUUCGAGAUGUACAAGGAAAUUUUUUAAUCGCUGACUUUGGCAUAAGUCAUAUGUUAUCUGAUGAAACUUCGACACAUCGGAGCAUACAGAGAGGAGCUAAAAAUUGGAUAGCUCCAGAGUCAUAUGACAAAUCAAAUGCAUCAAUUGAUAAAGCUCGUUACAAAAAAGAGUCUGACAUUAUGAAUGCCGGAAUGCUGGCUUAUUAUGUUGCAACAAAGGGAAAACAUCCUUUUGGAGAUGAACGGCUUAGACUAGACAACAUUUUGAAAGGAAACCUAGUUGGCUUGGACGAAAUCGAGGAUGUCACGUUCAAAGACCUUUUAUCGUGGAUGCUACAGCUAGAACCGGAAGACAGGCCAUCCGCCAAUGAGGCGUUAAAACAUCCUUAUCUACAAUCCGAUGAAGAGAAAUUUAACAUGCUGUGUGAUAUGGGGAACCAACCGGAAAUGAAACAAUCACAAGGUCAGAGUUCUCCAAAUUCAGAUGUUUUUGCGCAAUUGUAUGCUCCCAUGGAAUGGAUGACGCUUAUCGAUUAUGAAGUCUUGAAAGAUUUCAAAACCUUUGAAAAGAAUGGCAAAGAGAUAACUCUGACUUACAAGCCUACAUGGGCAAGUUGUUUAAGAUUCAUAAGAAAAGUGAAAGAGCAUUGGAGCGAUGAUAAAGAUAAACCUCGUACACAUCUGUUGCUUUAUAUCAAGGAAGGCAACUAUGUAGACUAUUUCAUGCGACGUUUCCCUGAACUGCCACUUCUGGUGCACAAAAUUCUAAGGUCGACUGACUGGAAAACAAGAGCCGAUCUUCAGAAACAUUUUACAGCUUAGUCAUACAACAAUUUUUUAUGUUAAACGAAGUAGCCAAAAUAGUAUUCCAUGACACCAUACAAAGUCCUAAUAUACUUGCCUUUUUCACUAAAAAGUUUUUUUCAUUUGAUAAUAUGCAAUAUGCAUGUUUUAAGUACUCUAUAAAUGCUUUCCAAGAUGAGAGCAUUUUCUUUUUUUAUGUGAUUUUUGAUUCUAAUAUAUUGUGGAGCCAAGGGGGACGGCCUCUGACAAUAUAUUGAGGUUUUUGUAAACGUAACUUGAGGUUUUUGUAAACUGAGGUUUUUGUAAACGUAACUUGAAAGUUUCAGUUGAAUAAAACAUUGCGUUAUA